UGAAGUUGGGAGCACACGCAGCCCGCCCCUGGCGCCGAGCCCGACAUGCUGCCGCCCGGGCGCAAUGGCACCGCGUACCGGGAGCGGUUUGGACAGCAGCAGCUUGCACAUGGAGGCGCCGUGGGAGGUUCAGAGGGGGCAGCGCCGCUGGGGCCGGCGCAGGUGGUCACGGCCGGCCUCCUGACGCUGCUCAUCGUCUGGACCCUGCUGGGAAACGUGCUGGUGUGCGCGGCCAUCGUGCGAAACCGCCACUUGCGCGCCAGGAGAACCAACGUUUUUAUCGUGUCUCUGGCUGUGUCCGAUCUCUUCGUGGCGCUGCUGGUCAUGCCCUGGAAGGCGGUCGCCGAGCUGGCCGGUUACUGGCCCUUUGGGGCCUUCUGCGACGUCUGGCUGGCCUUCGACAUCAUGUGCUCCACCGCGUCCAUCCUGAACCUGUGCGUCAUCAGCGUGGACCGCUACUGGGCCAUCUCUAGGCCUUUCCGCUACCAGCGCAAGAUGACCCAGCGCGUGGCCUUGGUCAUGGUAGGUCUGACCUGGACCCUGUCCAUCCUCAUCUCCUUCAUCCCAGUCCAGCUCCACUGGCACAAGGACAAGGCAAGUUCCUGGGGCAGGGUGGACCCGCCAUCCAACCCGGCCAACGCGACGCCCUGGGAUGAAGCGGGAGAGCCAGAGGGGAGGGCAGAGAACUGCGACUCCAGCCUGAGCCGAACUUACGCCAUCUCCUCCUCGCUCAUCAGCUUCUACAUCCCCGUGGCCAUCAUGAUCGUGACCUACACGCGCAUCUACCGCAUCGCCCAGGUGCAGAUCCGCAGGAUUGCCUGCCUGGAGAGGGCGGCGGAGCGCCGCAGCCGCACGGCCUGUGCGCCAGACACCAGCCUGCGAGCGUCCAUCAAGAAGGAGACCAAGGUCCUCAAGACCCUGUCGGUGAUCAUGGGCGUCUUCGUGUGCUGCUGGCUACCCUUCUUCAUCCUUAACUGUAUGGUCCCCUUCUGCAGCAGACACCCCGAGGGCCCUCGCACGGGCUUCCCUUGCGUGAGUGAGACCACCUUCGACGUCUUCGUCUGGUUCGGCUGGGCCAACUCGUCUCUCAACCCCAUCAUCUAUGCCUUCAACACUGACUUCCGGAAGGUGUUUGCCCAGCUGCUGGGGUGCAGCCGCCUCUGCUCCCGCACCCCGGUGGAGUCAGUGAACAUCAGCAAUGAGCUCAUCUCUUACAAUCAGGACACCGUCUUCCACGAGGAGAUGGCGGCUGACUACAUCCACAUGAUCCCCAACGCGGUGACCCCGGGGGACAGGGAGGUGCUCACAGAGGAAGAGGGCCCUUUAGAUCCUAUGUCCCAGGUCUCUCGGACGUCCCCAGACGGUGACCAUGCUGCUGCGUCUGUCUGGGAGCUGGACUGUGAGGGGGAGAUUUCAUUAGGCAAAAUCAUGCCUUUCACCCCAAGUGGAUUCCAUUAAACUGCAUAAAAAAUGCUCCCCAUGGGUCUCUAUAACAUCACAGACAUUAACAAGCAUGUGGAAAACACACACGCACACGCGCACACACGCACACACGAGCACGCACAUGCACGCGCACACACAUGCGCACACAUACA